AUGUCUUCAAGGUCGAAAAAGAUAAUGGAAUUGAUUAAUUUUACAACUGAACCUGCUCAUGAUACAAAAGCUCAAAUUCAAGAUCCCAUUCUGAACCCAGACCCUAGUCAAUCUCCUAUAGAUGAAGAUAGUUCAGUUCAGAAUGAUGUAGUUGAUGUCGCGAUGUUACGUGAUAUUUUUGUUAACUACAAUGUUUCACCCGUACAUUCUGGUGAAAUAAGUGCAGAUAUCAGCGACAAUGACGAUCCAACCUAUGAUAGUCAAAUAAAAAAAAAGAAAAUAGAACCAGUACAUCCUUCAUCACGUCGAUCAACAUCUAGCUCCAGCAGAUCCUCAUCCUCCAGUUUAAGCAGCUCCGGCAGUUCCAGCAGUUCCUCAUCUUCAUCUUCUGAUGAUGAUACUGUGGUACAACCUUCUACUUUCGAUCACGUGGAUGAUAAUACUAUCAAUAACACAGAUACUACAGCUAAUGGACAGUCAACAAACGGACAAGCAACAAGUAAAAUUGAAAACUCUGAAAUGAACGAACUCAACAUAGAAGAAGAAAUAGAGAUUAUUAAGAAGAAAGGUAGAAAGCGCACAAGUAAUCCUCAAAAAUGGAAACAAAACUUAAAUAAAAUUCUAAGAAAUUCUGGACGAUCUUAUGAGACUACGAAAAAGAAAACUGUUGCGGCUCGUGAAGUGAAACCACCUUGUACAGACAAGUGCAGGCUUAAAUGUUAUGAAAAGUUUACAUCUCUUCAAAGACAGGCUAUUUUUGAUACCUAUUGGAAUAUUGGUGAACUCAAUCUGUGUGCU